GCGCUGCUGGCCGCCGUGGGGCUGCUGUCGGCGCUCAGCGCCGCGGGCACGCUGUUCCUGCUGGCGCAGUGGCGGGAGCUCGGCGCGGCGCUGCGGGAGCUGGAGGCGGCGGGGAACGGCUCCGUGCGGGGGCUGCCCCCCGCGCCCGCGCCCGCCGCUCGCUCCCGGCGCAGCCGCCGCGGGGAGCGCGCCCGCGGCCACGCGCGCGCCGACGGCGACGAGAUGCUGCUGAUGCUCACCUACUCCAUGGUGCCGGUCCGAGUGAUGGUGGAUCUGUGUAACAGCACAAAAGGGAUAUGCUUAACAGGCCUCCCAGGACCCCCAGGGCCUCCUGGGCUUGAUGGACUGCCUGGCUACAAUGGAUCAGAUGGAAUCCCAGGAACUCCAGGACAAAAGGGAGAACCAGGAAUAAAUGGAAAAAGAGGAAAAAUAGGUUUGCCAGGACCAAAAGGUGAUCAAGGACAGAAAGGAGAACCAGGAGAAAUGGGUUUGCCUGGCAAGGAUGGUAUGCCUGGAGGAAAAGGUGCAAGAGGAGCCAAGGGAGAAAAGGGGGAUGCAAACAAUGAUGUGAUAUUAGAAGGUGCAAAAGGUGAGCCUGGACCACCUGGGCCCCCUGGACCUCCUGGACCCCCAGGGCCUCCAGGCAAACGUAAAGGUAAAGUCAAAGCAGAGCUUCUGGAGAACAUCUACAGCAGCAAAUGCACAGGUGAGACAUGUGCUAUACCUAAUGAUGAUACCCUCGAUGGAAAGGUGGAAGAUAGAACCCCAGGUCCUUCAAAAAAAGCUGAAUGUGUCAUAACGUCUGUAGGAAGUCCUGUUCACUUUGUCAGUGUACAGCAAACAUUUGGAACUUGGAUGAAGGAACCUGCAAACAUAAGUGAUGAAAGGAUUUGGCUCACCAUGCAUUUUUCAGGAAACUAUAUAAGAGAAUAUGAAAAUUCCAAUGCCUUGCUGAAUGACAGCUACAGGAUCAUUAACAUCACAGGAUUCUUCUAUGGAUGUGGUCAUGCAGUACAAAACAAUCAUCUCUACUAUCAGAAGGGAGGAACCAAUGUCAUUCUGAAACUGGGGCUCGAUAAAGCCUCGCUGGGCACCCUGCUGAUGGAAAAUGCCUUAUACCACGGCCGGAACUACCUCUUCUCUAACUCCAAGACGUAUUUCAACAUAGCAGUGGAUGAGAAGGGUCUUUGGAUAAUAUAUGCCUCAAGCACUGAUGAAAAUAUAAUGGUAGCACACAUCAAUGAAGAAACGUUCUCAGUCAUUCGGCACAUCAAUACCACCUAUCCUAAGUCCAAGGCUGGUAACGCGUUCAUAGCAUGUGGCAUUCUGUAUGUUACUGACACUAAGGACUUGACAGUAAGUUUUGCUUUUGAUUUGCUGAAAGGGAAGCAGAUUGAUGCAAGGUUUGAGUUACGGUCUUCACAGUCUGUACUUGCUAUGCUUUCAUACAGUCUGCGAGACAAGAAUUUGUACACGUGGGAGAAUGGGGGCUUAAUGGUAUACCCAGUCCAUUUUGGCAGAUGA